AUGAUCACCUGCAGCUCCUGCAUCAGCGCCUGCAGGGAUGCCUGGCCUUGGGCCCUGAGCGUCUUGGCGGUCGCGAGCAACACGGGCGAGGCCAACACCGUCGUCUACAACGCGGCCAUCUCUGCCAGUGCUUCCAGGCUCAAAAGGCUCAAAGGACAGCUGGUUUCGACCUGGGGCCUGGCUUGGAGCCUCCUGGCCGCCAUGCAGCUUUCGUCAAUCCCAGCCGAUGUGGUCACCUACAACAGCAUCCUUGCAGGAACGUCCGAGGUGGAGGGCUGGUGCUCAGCCCUGGCCCUUCUUGACGCCCCCAAUGUCGUGACCUACAGUGCUGUGCUUGCGGCCCUGGUUGCCUGUGACAGGAGCACGUCUGGAUGGCUGAUUGGGUUUGGUCUCCUGAGUGCCAUGCUGGAAAGGAGGGUCCUGCCUAACGAGGUGAGCUGCGGCAGCCUCCUCAGCGUGUGCGCCCAGGCCUCUCAGUGGAGAGCUGCACUGCACUUGCUCUGGAGAAUGGCCAGACUGGAGGUUCUCCCCGGCACUAUCAGCUUCAAUUCUGCCAUUGAGGCCUGCCGAAAGCCCGGCAAAUGGACCUUGGUGCUCCAGCUUCUCAGUGCCGCCAGACGCUUAAGUGUGGAGUUGGACGCCGUCGCUUACAGCAGCGCCUUGGGCGCCGCAGAAAACGAGAGGAACGGGAGCUCCUGGAAGGCUUGGACCUUGUCCUUGAGCUUGACCACGGCCAUGGGACUACAAGCUGUGGCCCCAAACACCGUGUGCCUCAAUGGUGCCCUCUCUAUGUGUCAGAGGGCCAGCCGCUGGCUGCACGUCUUCCGGCUUCUACAACACAUGCGCCGGACCGCUGUGCCACCUGAUGUGCUCAGCCUGGAUAGCAUAGUGCGUGCAGCAGAUGCACGUGAGCGCGGACGCGGCCUUGCUUCCCACUCUGCUUCAAUGGCUGACAUGGCGAUGGCCAAGCUAGCCAGAGCCAAGUGGGCCUGCGUGUGUCCCUUGCACCGGCGAUGGGCACAUGCGGAAGGGUUCUCGGGUCCCAGUGUGAUCCCUUUGCCAUGGAUGGCUCCGAUCGAGACGCGCAGGUCAUGGGUGCGAGCAUUCGUGGAGCUGUCACGGGAAAGUGGGCGUGGCAGUGGCAGCGCAGACGUCAUCGCCUACACGAAAGCCAUCCACGCCGGCGGCCGUGCCGGUCGCUGGGCCACGGGGCUCGGGGUUCUAGGCUCGCUGCGGGAAUGCCGUUGCUUGGACGUCAUCGGCUGCAACAGCCUGCUUGCUGUGUGCCAGCGGUGCGAGCAGUGGAGCCUGACCCUGGCCCUGCUGGGCAGCAUGGGCCAACAGCUGCUGCUGCCAGAUGUCAUCAGCCUCAAUUCCGCGAUCCCUGCCUGCAACCUGCUCGACGGCUGGAGGAUUGCAGCCGCUUGCCUGGCCGGCAUCGCUGGCCGCCGUGAUGAUGCAACCGUGAUUAGCUUCAGCAGCAGCGUGAAAGCAUGUGCGGCCAGUCGCCAGUGGAGGGCUGCACUCAGCCUUGUGGCGACCAUGACCCUUGCGACCGUGCUCCCGAACGUCAUACUUGCCACCAGCGUGCUGGAUGCUUGCCAAGAGCAAGGAUGCUGGCGAGUUGCAUCGGUGCUGCUGGAGGAGAUGGUCGGGUCUCAGGUGCAGUCCAACGAGUUUACUUACAAUGCUGCCAUCAAUACGGGUACGCGUGAUGGGCAGUGGAGGAUGGCGUGUCAGUUAAUGGGGGACAUGAGAUGCACCACCUUGCUGCCUGACACAAUCACCCAUAAUGCUGCCAUGAGCGUGUGCCGUAAUGCGGAACAGUGGCCUGCUUGCCUGGCUGUCAUGUCUGCCAUGAGGGUGGCUUUGCUUGUGCCCGACCUGAUCACGUACAAUAGUGCAAUGGCUGCUUUUGAGAAAGUCGGGCAGUGGGAGAAGGCGAUCCAGCUUUUGUUGAGCAUGUCUCUGGCAGAUGUGGCGCCAGAUGUCAUUAGCUUCAGCAGUGCCAUAAGUGCCUGUGAAAAGGGGCGGCAAUGGCAACUUGCACUUGGUCUGCUCGCAGAGAUGUUCCCGCAGAGCAUCUGGCCGAACGUGGUUGGCUGCAGCAGUGCUAUCAGCGCUUGUGAGAAGACUGCUCAGUGGCUGUUGGCCGUACAUCUGCUAGGAGAGAUGACUACUUUGUCGCUGCAACCGGACGUUCUCAGCUACAAUGGUGCGAUCAGUGCGUGCGAGAACUGCGGGCAAUGGUCAGUGGCGAUGGACCUUUUUUCUCGCAUGUGCGACCAGGAGGUGCAGCCGAGCAUCAUCACCUACAGCGCCCUAAUUAGCGCCUUUGAAAAGGCGGGCCUUUGGGAAUGGGCGCUGGAGCUUCUGUCGUUGCUGGAGCUCAUGCAGAUGCGGGAGUCGAUCAUCCUGCCGAACGUGGUCGCCUACAGCAGCGCUAUGAGUGUGUGCCAGAAGGCCGGGCGCUGGCGGCUCGUCUUCGAGAUCCUGGACAAGAUGUCUGCAAACACGGUUCUGCCCAAUGUCCUCAGCCUCGAAAGCGCUGUGAGCGCGGCUGAAGCGAGCGAGCUUGGGCAUCUUGUGGCCUCCCAUUCUGAAGGCCUGGCCCAAGUGGCGGUGUCCAGGCUGUCUGACACGAAGAGGCCUUAA